AUGAAUACAAAGAAUUCUGCGCUACAUACUAUCGAGACAACCCUGGUGCAGCCACAGAUGGUUAUGGGGAAUACCUCAUGUCAAAGCAACAUAAUUUAUUGGGAGGAUAAAGGAGCAAUGCAAUGGGGAGAAGAGAUUGAAUACCGUUACUGGUUUUGUGUUAUAUUGCAAGAGAGAGAGGCGUUAUUAGUUGGGCUGGAAGGCGUUCUUCCGUACCCUGAAGGAGCCGAGGAUGGCCGUGACAGCCUGAUGCCUAGCACCAUACAAGCCAGAUUACCAACAUUAUUCAAUUGUUAUGCAUGUAUCAUGGAUCUUGCCCGCAGUGAUCCUCUGCACCGUCUUCACCACAACCAGACAACUCAUCUAGCAAUCACAGUGAUCCUAAUGAUAGUGACGGACGCUAAUCCUCGGAAAAAGCGCAGACGAGGUGAACACGAGAAUGUAACGAAAGUCCUUAAACUAGACAGUCCAUCAUCAGUUGCCGAGCAUCGUGAAUUUCUGAAAAUACAACAGAACACCGUUAUUUUGAAUCAUCGACCCCCCCACUGUGUUGGUCCCCCGAUUUUCUUAUAUCACGAAAUUUUUUCAAAAUUCCUAGACGACUAUACCAACGAAGAGCUUGAAUUACAGACUGGUCAUUGUGCAUGGACCAUUGAACUUAUUGAAAUCAUGGCAAAAGUCUAUGACGUGGAAAUUUUACAUUUGCAAGCAUUUCGUGAUCAUAUGACACCACUUACUGGUCAGUUCUCUGUAGUUGAGAAUGAGGAUAACUCAAAGAGUGAUGGAAUUUUACAAACAAUUACCACAUCUGGUCAGAUUGGAUUUCGGGUCAUUCUUUAA